AUGGGCAACACCGCGAAUCGUCCUGCCCCAGACGCUUCUCCAACCGGUAAAUUUUUUCACAUUUUCUGGAAAAUUACUAUAGUCCAAUCACAUCUAGCUUUGGAGGGUAAGGCCUCUCUGCGCUCUCCACCUAUCAUACACUGUCUCUCUUUUCUUAUCGUGCCAGGACCCUUUUUUUGAUGGCUCAAGCCAUGUAACUUUAUUUCAAGCUUUUUUUGGAUGAUUAGGUUUCAUUUUUUUAACUAAUAAUCUUAUUAGAAUAAAUUUAACUAAAGAAAAAAUUGAUUUUUCUGAUUUUUCAGCGCCGAAUGCAUUGAAUACACUUAACAAAGCGAACAUGACCUGCAAGGUGAGGAUGAAAUUAAAGGCGCAUAAGGAAGUUUGGAAAAAGAUCCUGUCAAAAAAUGUAUUUUAGGGGGCCUUUCGGGGUUUUAGGGCCAUUUAAGGGUUUCGACGUUCUAGUGGACACUGUAGUAGUCGAAUUAGUGGACACUUAAGUGAAAAAAGUUUAGUGGCCUCUUUAGGAGCCUACGUGGUACGACUAGACCAUUGGACACCACUGUAGGGGCCACUAGGACUCGAAAAAGUGGCUUCUAUAGACGUAGUGGCCACUUUAGUGUCCUCUCCAAGUAGUCCUUGAUAAACCACUCAAUUGACUGAAUAUAAGUGGCCUCUUUAGGAGUCUGAGUGGUACUACGCAACCAUUAAAAAAAACCCGCCACCAAGACUCAGAGUCUAGGAAAAUUUUUAGAGGCCACUAUAGGGCUUUGAAGUUUUAGUGGUCACUAGAGUAGUCGAAUCAGUGCCUGUUAUAGAGGUCUCUAGUGGUACUACUAAAAAACUCGAAAUUCUAGUGGCCAUUUUAGGGGUCCAUAGAUCAUAAUUGGUUCAAAGAGAACCUCUAUAGUGACCACUUUAGUUUCCUCUUCAAGUAGUUCUUCGGGGACCUCUAUAGUGGUCACUCGAACUCUUUCCAGUGGCUUCUAUAGAGGUGUUUUUAGUGGCCUCUUUAGUGUCCUCUCCAAGUAGUCCUAGAGGAACCACUCAAGUGGUCACUAAAGCUUUUAAAGCUUUUAUAAGUCAACUAAACUCAGAUGAGAUGAUUCUCCAGCUUCUUUAUAUAAUUUAGGGUGUUCACUAGAAUUUUUUUUUUGGAGAUAACAGGUUUUAAAAAAUCUACCUUUACGCCCACAAAUUUUUGAAUACUGGACUUCUUUUCAAAAACUGAGCGAAUUACUAAAUCUGUUAACCUGUGCUGUCAAACAGUGUGAAAAAUGAUUUUUUUAAUUUUUUUGAAUGAGAUAAUGGAUUUUAAGGAUCACCCAAAGUACAGGGAAUGUCCUGGAUUGUGCGACGAGAUGCUCUCCUACCGGGAUGACUACGAGAAAAACAGCAGGUUGACUUUUUUAGCCUUUUAUUGGCUCGAUAACACCGAAAUUAGUGAUUUUUUCAGCUUUGAACUUGAUAAAUAGUAUUAUUUUCAGUCCGAAAGGAAGUUCACUGAAUUUGUAUUUGGUUGCGUGUAUUCCGAUUUUUUUGUCCCUUCUUCUCGCUUUUUUGAUUUGGUUCAAGUGCAAGUAUGCCACUGGUGAGUUGGGAAUUUUGGACAUUUUAGGACCAUUUUUUGAAAAAUGCGAUAAAAAAAAUACAAAAACAAAAAAAUAAUUGAAAUAAAUAAAAAAUGAACAAAAAUUGGAAUAAUUUAAUAGAAAUUGGAAAGUCCAACAUUCCUAGAUUCAAGAAAAUAAAAAUUCACUUUAGGGACCACUAACAGGUCCAGUAGGAGCAUAUGGGACCUCUAGAUAACCUCAGAACACUCUAGGGACCACUAGAAAAACUCUUUUCUUUAAAUGAGCCCUAGAACUUUCACAACUUCAUUUAAAGCCCUCUAGUGACCACUUAGAAGCUCAGACUGCCUUCGAGAAAGCUCAGAACGCUUAGGAGAUCACUAUAAAUUCAUGAAGUUUAUCUCAAAUUUCAGGCUCCUCUAGGGACCACUAGAAGCUCCAAUUCUUCAAAAUUAGCCCUCUAGAGACUACUUAUAAUUUCAAAGGUUUCUAGAACACUCAAGUGACCUCUUUGAAUAUCUCAAAGCUUUUCUCAAAGUUUUUUCCUUGUACUGUAGCCACUAAAAGUCCUAGAACUCGUCUUAAAGCCCUUAAGGAAUCACUAACGAGUUCAGGCGACCGCUGAAGACACUCAGAACACUAUAAUGAUCACUAAAAAGAUUUCCAAUCUUCUCUUUUUAAGCAAAUCUAAAUCUUCACUAGAAGUCUUGUUGGGCCCGCUUUUAAGUUAAGAACACUCAAGUGACCACUUUCAUACUUCUAGGUUACCUUUAACCUUCAUUUAUUAUUUUCAGAUUCGAAUAAAAUUAAUUUUUUAGUUAAAAAACGAGUUCCUCCAAUGGAAAAAGCUGAAGGGACGAUUGCGAAAUCUGCUCCGAAAAGUAUUUCGAAAACUUCAAUUCAGGCCACAACUUAUGAACAACAAAAGUUUAUCGAAAAGCAGAAGGUUUGGAAAAUUGGAAUAUAGUUCAUUCAAGGCUGACUUGAGUACUUCUAGGGGCUACUUUAGGGUUUUUAGUUACCACUAGGACAGUCGAGUUAGUAGGAACUUUAGUGGCUAAAGAUUUUUGGCCUCCUAAAAGUCUACUGAGCAUUCAAGUUACUAUAGUGGCCACAGGGCGCAAGUAGGGGUGGUUUCUAGGGGCCACUUUAGUGGCUAAAGAUUUUUGGCCUCUAUAGAAGUUGAAGGAGUACUACUAGGCCAUUGAAAGUACUAUAGUGGCCACUGGGCGCAAGUAGAGGUAGUUCUAGUGGCCACUUUAGUGUCCAAAAAGCUUGGUGACCUUUUUUGAAGUCUAAGUGGUACUACUGAGCAUUAAAGUUACUAUAGUGGCCACUGGGCGCAAGUAGAGGUAGUUCUAGUGGCCACUUUAGUGUCCAAAAAGCUUGGUGACCUUUUUGGAAGUCUAAAGGGUACUACUGAGCAUUAAAAUUACUAUAGUGGCCACUUGGAGCAAAUAGAGGUGGUUUUAGGGGCCACUUUAGUGGCUAAAGAUUUUUGGCCUCUAUAGAAGUCUAAGUGGUACUACUGAGCAUUAAAGUUACUAUAGUGGCCACUGGGCGCAAGUAGAGGUAGUUCUAGUGGCCACUUUAGUGUCCAAAAAGUUUGGUGGCCUUUUUAGAAGUCUAAAGGGUACUACUGAGCAUUAAAAUUACUAUAGUGGUCACUUGGAGCAAAUAGAGGCGAGUUCUAGUGGCCACUUUAGUGUCCAAAAAGCUUGGUGACCUUUUUUUGAAGUCUAAAGGGUACUACUGAGCAUUAAAAUUACUAUAGUGGCCACUUGGAGCAAAUAGAGGUGGUUUUAGGGGCCACUUUAGUGGCUAAAGAUUUUUGGCCUCUAUAGAAGUCUAAGUGGUACUACUGAGCAUUAAAGUUACUAUAGUGGCCACUGGGCGCAAGUAGAGGUAGUUCUAGUGGCCACUUUAGUGUCCAAAAAGCUUGGUGACCUUUUUGGAAGUCUAAGGGGUACUACUGAGCAUUAAAAUUACUGUAGUGGUCACUUGGAGCAAAUAGAGGCGGUUCUAGUGGCCACUUUAGUGUCCAAAAAGCUUGGUGACCUUUUUUGAAGUCUAAAGGGUACUACUGAGCAUUAAAAUUACUAUAGUGGCCACUUGGAGCAAAUAGAGGUGGUUUUAGGGGCCACUUUAGUGGCUAAAGAUUUUUGGCCUCUAUAGAAGUCUAAGGGGCGCUACUGAGCAUUAAAGUUACUAUAGUGGCCACUGGGCGCAAGUAGAGGUAGUUCUAGUGGCCACUUUAGUGUCCAAAAAGCUUGGUGACCUUUUUGGAAGUCUAAGGGGUACUACUGAGCAUUAAAAUUACUGUAGUGGUCACUUGGAGCAAAUAGAGGCGGUUCUAGUGGCCACUUUAGUGUCCAAAAAGCUUGGUGACCUUUUUUGAAGUCUAAAGGGUACUACUGAGCAUUAAAAUUACUAUAGUGGCCACUUGGAGCAAAUAGAGGUGGUUUUAGGGGCCACUUUAGUGGCUAAAGAUUUUUGGCCUCUAUAGAAGUCUAAGGGGCGCUACUGAGCAUUAAAGUUACUAUAGUGGCCACUGGGCGCAAGUAGAGGUAGUUCUAGUGGCCACUUUAGUGUCCAAAAAGCUUGGUGACCUUUUUGGAAGUCUAAAGGGUACUACUGAGCAUUAAAAUUACUAUAGUGGCCACUUGGAGCAAAUAGAGGUGGUUUUAGGGGCCACUUUAGUGGCUAAAGAUUUUUGGCCUCUAUAGAAGUCUAAGGGGCGCUACUGAGCAUUAAAGUUACUAUAGUGGCCACUGGGCGCAAAUAGAGGCGGUUCUAGUGGCCACUUUAGUGUCCAAAAAGCUUGGUGACCUUUUUUGAAGUCUAAGGGGUACUACUGAGCAUUAAAAUUACUAUAGUGGCCACUUGGAGCAAAUAGAGGUGGUUUUAGGGGCCACUUUAGUGGCUAAAGAUUUUUGGCCUCUAUAGAAGUCUAAGGGGCGCUACUGAGCAUUAAAGUUACUAUAGUGGCCACUGGGCGCAAGUAGAGGUAGUUCUAGUGGCCACUUUAGUGUCCAAAAAGCUUGGUGACCUUUUUGGAAGUCUAAGGGGUACUACUGAGCAUUAAAAUUACUGUAGUGGUCACUUGGAGCAAAUAGAGGCGGUUCUAGUGGCCACUUUAGUGUCCAAAAAGCUUGGUGACCUUUUUUGAAGUCUAAAGGGUACUACUGAGCAUUAAAAUUACUAUAGUGGCCACUUGGAGCAAAUAGAGGUGGUUUUAGGGGUCACUUUAGUGGCUAAAGAUUUUUGGCCUCUAUAGAAGUCUAAGGGGCGCUACUGAGCAUUAAAGUUACUAUAGUGGCCACUGGGCGCAAGUAGAGGUAGUUCUAGUGGCCACUUUAGUGUCCAAAAAGCUUGGUGACCUUUUUGGAAGUCUAAGGGGUACUACUGAGCAUUAAAAUUACUGUAGUGGUCACUUGGAGCAAAUAGAGGCGGUUCUAGUGGCCACUUUAGUGUCCAAAAAGCUUGGUGACCUUUUUUGAAGUCUAAAGGGUACUACUGAGCAUUAAAAUUACUAUAGUGGUCACUUGGAGCAAAUAGAGGCGGUUCUAGUAGCCACUUUAGUGUCCUCGAGGAACCUCUCAAGUAGCCCCUAGAGUUUUUUUUCAGUAAUUGAAGGAAAAGUUAGGUUUUUGAGUGAAUGGUCUUGACAAGAAAAGGUUUUACAGUACCCUGGGGAUUUACCAUAGUAUUCUUCGAUAGAGCUUGUUGAGAAUCAGGCCACGCCCACAGCUACAGUAACUUUUUUCGCUUCGAGACCCAGCGAAUAGCUGAAAUUUGCGUAAUUUCAUAAAUUAUGAUUUUUUUUUUUACAGUUUUCACCAUGUUUCAGCUGGUAGAAAUCCCUUGAGUGAGCCCUUAAAUAAUUUAUGGAUUGGUUAAAUACCCCUUGAGUGGACACUUGAUAAAAAACUGUACUCUAUUGGUUUUUUUUUCCUUUCAGGAACAGGAAAAAGCCGACAUCGCCUCGUCAAAAUUCACCAAAAAAGGAAAGAUCAAGAUCCCUAAAGAGGUCACUGAUGAGCAGGUGAAUUUUCUUUGAUUGAAGAAGUUUUUAGCUGAUUUUUUGAUUUAAUAAUGCCAAAAAGUGAGAUUUUUUGAAUUUUCUGGCUCGAAGUCCUGAAUUUUUGACACAUUUUGCUGGAAAUUUGAUUGCUAGAGCUUUCUUGCGAUAAUUUUACAGGGGAACAGUAGGUUUUUGCAGAUUUUUUUAGGCCAAUUUGACAGAGAAAAUUUUUCUAAAUUUGAUACUAAGUUGCUGAAAAUCAUCAAAAAAAAUCUAGACAAUUUUGGUUUUCUUGCUCAAAAUCCCAUCGAAGAAAAUUAAUCGAACGAUUUUUCAGUUUUAGUGCCCAAAUUUUGAGCUUUUUUUGAGAAUUUAUUGUUGAAAAUAAUGAAAAAUAAUCGAUAUUUCUCAUUUUUCUGCUGGAAAUCCCAUCGAAUUGGACGAUUUUACAGUUCAAAAUUGGGUUUUCACUUGAAAUUUGCAGAUUUUAUGCCGAUUCCACAGUGAAAAGUGGCUUAAUUUGAACUUUUUUUCGACUUUAUAGCUGUAAAUCAUCAAAAAAAAUCUGUAUAUUUUUUUCGUUUUUUUCUGCUGAAAUUUCAACUGAAAAAAAGUCUAGUAUGCAUGAUUUUUUUACUUGAAAAAUUGGAUUUCCAGUUGAAAUUUGCAGAGUUUUAUGAAGAUUUCCCAGUGAAAAGUGUCCAAAUUUGAACUUUUUUGAGAGAUUAUUGUUGAAAGUUAUCAAAAAUGCUCGAUAUUUCUCAUUUUUCUGCUGGAAAUUCCAUUAAAAACACGAAUUGGACGUUUUUUCAGUGGAAAAUUGAGUUUUCAGUUAGAAUUAGCAGAGUUUUAUGACGAUUUCACAGUGAAAAGUGUCCAAAUUUUAAAUUUUUUGAGACUUGCUCGAUAUUUUUCGUUUUUCUAUUGAAAAUUGCAUUGAAAAAGUCUACAUUGGAUGAUUUUUUUAGUUUGAAAUACCCGAAUUUUGAGCUUUUCUGAGAUUUUGUUGCUGAAAAUUAUCAAAAACGCUCGAUAUUUUUCAUUUUCUACUGAAAAUUCCACUGAAAAAGUCGACAAUGCAUGACAUUUCAAUUGAAAAUUGGAUUUUUAGUUAAAAUUUGAACUUUCUUAAGACUCGAUAUUUUUUCAUUUGUCUGAUGAAAAUUUCAUUGCAAAAGACUGAAUCGAAUGAUUUUUUAGUUUUAGGUACCCGAAUUUUGAGCAUUUCCUAGACUUUAUAGCUUCAAAUUAUUAAAAGUGCUCGAUGUUUUUCAUUUUUCUACUGUAAAAAGCAUUGAAAACACGAAUUGGAUGAUUUUUCAGUUGGAAGUCGAAUCCAAAAAAGAAGAUGAUGUUUUAAUCCUGCCCAAAGUGUUCUACAACGAGAAGGACAACGAGGAGUUCGAUGUCGGGGAAAAGGAAACGCUCGAUAAAUCCGAAGGCCAUGAAAAAAAUAGUUAUAUUAAUUUUUUUCGCGGCCUUGCAUGUUACUUGGUAUAAAAUUCUCAUGAGACUGGAUUUUUUUGACAAGAUUUAUCGUUUCUGAAUAAUUUUUUUGAGACAAAUGCUUUUUGAAUGAUUUUUUCGGUAUAAAAUUUUUGAAAUUGUGGUUUUUUGCACUGGAUUUUUUUGAACAGAUUUUUUUGCUUUAUGCAUGUUUUUUUGAAAAAAACGUUUUUUUGAAUGAUUUUUUUCGGUAUAAAAUUUUUCUUGAAAAUGUUUUUUUCACGUUUUUUUGAGAAGAUUUAUCGUUUCUGAAUAAUUUUUUUGAGACAAAUGCUUUUUUUGAAUGAUUUUUUUCGGUAUAAAAAUUUUUUUGAAAUUGUGGUUUUUUUGCACUGGAUUUUUUUGAACAGAUUUUUUUGAUUUAUGCAUGUUUUUUUGAAAAAAACGUUUUUUUGAAUGAUUUUUUUCGGUAUAAAAUUUUUUUAUAAAAAUGGUUUUUUUGCAUUGAAUUUGGGAACAGAUUUUUUUGAUUUAUGCAUGUUUUUGAAAAAAAACGUUUUUUUGAAUGAUUUUUUUCGGUAUAAAAUUUUUCUUGAAAAUGGUUUUUUUGCACGUUUUUUUGAGAAGAUUUAUUGUUUCUCCAUAAUUUUUUUCGUGAUAAAAGAGCUUUUUAAAUCAUUUUUCUUUGCUGCUUUGAGAUAUUUUUCAGCAUUUAUUGUGUUAAUUCGCAUGGUUUUUGACCUUUUUGAUUAUCAUUUUUUGUGGUUCUGAAGGACAGAAUAUGAGGAUUUUCAUGAAAAACCAGUUUAUCUCAAAAAUUUGAAUUAAGUUUGUUCAGCGCUCGAAAAAAUCUAUGAAAAGAAGCUUUUUCUACCCUUUGAAGGUAUUCUGCUUCAUUUCGAGAAAAAUUCGUUUUGGAGCUUUGAAAGAAAAAAACAUGGGCGGCUUAAACUUUCAAUUUUUGCCUGAAAUCUCAAAGAUUGCCCUCAAAAAAUGAUUAUUUUUAAUCCAUGAAGCGUUUUCGAGUCAUUACAUCUUUUGUAAUCAGUUGAAACUUGUUUCGAAACACGUUUGCCGCGGUUUUAACAAUUUGUGUCACAAGACGUCCGGCUUCCGAUGACGAUGAGGAAUAUUCGCUCCACGGCGAAGCUCGCUGUCGAUUUACCGGUUGCCCGGGGUUGUUUUAAGCAAACUUUUCUUCGAGCAAACAGAAAAAUCUCUCAACUAUUUGCUGAUUCGUUUAAAGGUACAAACUAUACCGAAGUUUGCCCAACUUUCCUCCGUCACCAGCAGUUUUCAUUUCGUUUUUUUCUGCCCUGAACUCAACUGACCAUGGAAAGUGAUGUGUGAGUUUUUUUUCUUUAUUUAUUUGUUUCUGUUUAUUAGUUUAUCAGCUCUAUGUUAUUUUCAAAGAGAUAAGUUAUAUAGAGAGACGGAAAAUACUUUGAAAUUGAUCGAUUAUUCGUGAAACUGGUCAGAUUUCUGUUUUGAAGCAUUUUUAAAACUUUAUGACGUUUUUUCUUGUUUCGUUCUAUUUAUACGCUAGUUAGUAAUAAUAAUUAAUAAAAAUUUUUUUAGAAAUAAUAAAAUUUGAAGGCUUCAAUCGAUAAUAAUUAGUACUUCCUUGAACUUUCUCUUCGUAAAAAUUUUAAGAACUCUAGUUCGAAACAAAUUUUCCAUUUAUUGCGCAUGUUUUUUCAUUGAUUUUAGUGUUCUCCCGACGAAUGGCGUCUUGAAAAAAUGGACGAAUUUUGUCGGCGGCUGGCAGGAUCGAUAUUUCGAAAUCGUGGGAGGAAACUUGGUUUAUUAUAAAUCCAAGGCCGACAAAACUUAUGGCUGUCGUGGCAGUAUGGCGCUGAAAAAUGCGGUUGUCACGGUGAUUUUUUAUUGAUUUUCUGGGGUCUUUCUUGUUUAAUUCAGUAUUUUCUUUAAUUAUAGAGAUAUUUAUCAUAUUUAUUUCUGGUGAACUAUGUUAUUUAAAAAAUCUUUAGGUUCAAAUUUUUUGCUCUUCUUGAACAAUAAGGAAUUUACAUACUGAUUCAAUACUACUGAAGAUUUUUUUAAAUCAUUCAUUUUUUUAUUAGAUUUUUUUAUAGAUUAUUAAACCUUUCUAACGAAGAAAAUAUCAACUUGAAGGUUUUUUUCACGCUUCUUUUUUUGCAUUAUUUCAAAUAAAUCAGGAAUGUUCAGCCUCACGAUUUCGACGAAUGCGAAUUCACGGUUUCAAUGGGCGACGAUGUAACUUGGUACAUGAAGGCCGAAAAUGCCCAGUCGAAAAUGCUAUGGAUCGGUUCCCUAGGGCGCGAAAGUGUAACUUUCUCAAACUUGAUCAAAAUUUAUUGAUUUUUGAAUUUAAGAACGAUUCCGACUACAGCAGCACGAGCACGAAAAGCCAUUCCCGAAAUCCGUCACUUUCUUCGGUUCUUCUGACCAGCGAUAAUGCGGAGGUUUAUCAGAGAAAUUUUAAAGGCGCAUAG